GCCAAAUUUAACCGUGGGGGGAGGGAGGGGGUUUGAGGCAGGGCAGGCUGGACAUGGUUGAGAGUGUGUCCAGCAGGUUACUUGUGUGUGAGUUGUGGUCAGUGGAGGACCCUGGGGCCUGGAUCCAGAUUCCUGCCUGAGCUGUGUUUGAAGACAGAGGACUGAGUGGCUAGCUGGUAGCUAGCAGAAGUCCACUUUUCUUGUCCAUUCAAGGGCAUUUCUGGGGGCCCGAAGAUCAGCUUUGCACUGAGGCCUGUCACUGAAGUAGGGUGGCCUCAUGGACCCUUGGAGACAUGUAGGCCUCUACCACAGGGGAUGUAAAAGCUGACAAGCUUCUGUAGUCCCAGGUCUGAGCUCACACAGCCAUGGGAGACUGGAACCUGCUGGGAAAGCUUCUAGAAAAAGCCCAGGAGCACUCCACGGUGGUGGGAAAGGUCUGGCUCACCGUCCUAUUCAUUUUCCGCAUCCUGGUCCUGAGUGCUGCGACAGAGAAGGUGUGGGGCGAUGAGCAGUCGGGCUUCACCUGUGACACCAAGCAGCCCGGUUGUGAGAACGUGUGCUAUGACAUCACUUUUCCCAUCUCCCAUGUCCGCUUUUGGGUGCUGCAGAUCAUCUUUGUGUCCACGCCUACACUGAUUUACCUGGGACACAUCCUCCAUCUGGUGCGCAUGGAAGAGAAGCAGAAAGAGAAGGAACAUGCACAUCAUUCAGACAAGCAUGCUCUCACUGUGGAUGCUAAGCAGAAAAAGCCUCUGGUCAUGGAUGAAAAGGGCAGAGUGCGCCUACAGGGGGAGCUCUUGCGGACAUAUGUCUUCAAUAUAAUUUUUAAAACCCUCUUUGAGGUGGGCUUUAUUGUGGCUCAGUACCUCUUGUAUGGCUUUGAACUCAAGCCUAUGUACACAUGUGACAGACCACCCUGCCCCAAUGUUGUUAACUGCUACAUAUCCCGCCCCACAGAGAAAACCAUCUUCAUCCUCUUCAUGCUGGGAGUGGCCAGUGUGUCUCUGUUGCUCAACCUCAUAGAGAUCUACCACCUGGGUUUCACCAAGUGUCAGCAGGGCAUCACCUUCAGGAGAGGUGAUCAGGCUGCUGAGAACAUCUCUAAGGAGCCUAGCAAGGUUGCUGUGCCAUUUGUGCCCAGUUACGACGACUAUUUCAACGAGCACCAGCAGGUCCAGCCUACCUACCCACCUGUACCCAGUUACAGCCUCUCCCCUCUGUCUGAGGGCACAGACUCAUCCUUCCAUCCCUACCACAGCAAGGCAGCUUAUAAACAGAAUAAGGACAACUUGGCGGUGGAAAGGAACAGCAGCAAGCCAGAAGAAUGUGACCUGAAAGGAAAGAAGGGAGCAGGAUCAGCAGCUGGGUCACCUACACAGGGAAGGCCAGGCCGCAGUGCCAAACAUAGCACCAACAAGACUAGAAUAGACGAUCUGAAGAUAUGAGGAGGUUUACAUUUCUCUGAGGGGUCUUAAAUUGCUGUGAGGGUAAGUUGUUUGGACAGACUCAUACAUGCCGAGUUUCUUUAAGAUCACACAGGUUUGAUUCAUUCCAACUUCGAGGGUAGAGAUGUAUAGGGCACAUGAAGAAGCUGCUAUAGUGCUAACAAUCCUUUACUACUGUAGGUUUGUUUAUCUUUGGAAAAACUUAACAGGAUUUCACAUUUGACUCUAGCAUAAAUGGGUUAAGGCACACUUUAUUGCAAGAACAUUUUCAGUUGACUACUACCGGUGUUCAGUGAAUUUAAUUGAUAUAUGUAUGGUAUGGAUGUUUGCAUUAUUCACUAUUAGGCCAUCACUGAGAAAUAAUUCAGCAAAAACAAAAAGGGUAUAUGUAUGUACAGUAUAUAGUGUCUGUCCUGCUCAGGUUUGACAUUGAGUUUGUUUUGUCAGUGUGUAAUGAAUGUGAAUCAACCACAUACACACACACAAAGUUACUCUGUGUAUAAAGUUGCAGCAUCCAUGGCAGAAAAUUGUUCAGUGCUGACGUGACCUCAUUUGACAAAAUCAGAUAGGGCGAAUACUUAAAUUUAACUUCCUUUAUUAACAGUUUUCCGGUCACCAUCCACCAUAGUUCACUUGCUUAAACAUCAAGUGUAAAGUUGUGCAAUUCCUGACAACACGUUGGACACUGGAGUCACUGCAACUGGUUCCUGGAUGCGACUCAAAAGACACUGCACUGGUCUCAGGAAUUCCCAUAUUGGUACUGCCUAUAUUUUUUUUAUUUUGUUUUGUUUUUGCAAAAGCCAGUAACUACAUAAUUAUUAGCAUGCUGUUUUGUUUUUCCUUGUUUAUGUUUGUGCCAUUUGUUUUCUGUAAAGCACUUGAUGACAACCAUAUUUUUAAAAUUGCUUGAAAUAAGCCUGUCUUACAUUUGUGAGGUUAAUAGUGCGGUCUUUAUCAGGAAAACAGGGAACCACUUCACAGAAACACAUGUUGCAAAUGUUAUUUUAUAUUCCUGAAACAAAUAAAUCAAGAUCACCACAGAAGUAGAAUUGAUAGUAUAUGUAUAGUAUUAUCCAUACACAGUAGCUCCAACAUAGUUAUUAGUAUAUACACACAAACAUCUCAACCUGUUAAGAAUUGGCAUGCCUGAGCUAGAACUAACAUGUCGUGUGUGAUGUCUUUGCUGUCUGCAAAUCACACUCAUGCACAUCUCAUAUUCUUCUGUGCCAGGAAAGUACACAAAGGAACCCCUGGUAUGAAACCCUCCAAAUUAAUGGCAUAACAUGUUGAUGACAAAGAUGCUGUCUCAUACCUUUGGCUUGGCGUGUUCUUAAUUUCCUGUCAGUGUCUGGUGUGUCAAGGGAAGAGCAAACAAAACAUCUUUUUUUCUACUUGAAUGUUCCAUUUCUUUCACCUGUCAUUUCUUGGUGUAUUGAGAUAUGACUAUGUAGUCUGAGUGUACUGUGUUUUACUUGUGUUGUAGUGUCAAAAACAAUACAUUUCAAAUUUUCAGUAUGUCAACUGAGAAAACAAAUAGCACAAUCUGACAAAACAGCCAGGAGCAUUAUACUGUAUGUAAAUACAUCUCCAUAAAUCAGUAAGU